UUCGUACUUCCUCCCAGCAGCUCGCCUGUGCGGCCAUUUUGAUUUGCGACCGCAUCGCCGGAGAGAGCCCGUCAAGGCAAAGGUGUGAAUCCUGAAAGGAGUAAUGUGGGACCAGGGAGGACAGCCCUGGCCGCAGUGGCCUCUUAGCCAGCAACAGUGGAUGCAGUCUUUUCAGCACCAGCAUGAUCCAGGUCAAGUGGAUUGGGCAGCCCUGGCUCAGGCAUGGAUAGCCCAGAAGGAGUCUACAGGAGGAGAGCAGCAGAACAUCCAGCCCAAUGGUCAAGAAAUCCCAGGGCUUGAACCUGUCACACAGAAUAACCAUGGCAGCUUUCAGGGCGACCCUGCUUUUGGCAGAAUGUGGCAGCCAGAAUGGGGAAUGCAUGGCCAGCCCCCUCCCCCUCCACCCCCUGACCAGGCCUGGAUCCCUCCAGGGUCAGGACCAAUGGAUGUGGUGAACCCCAGUGAGGACAGCAACAGCCAGGACAGCGUGGAGUUCAACUCUGAAGCCCACCAUGGGGUUUACCCCCAGAACAGCCAUGGGUAUGGGGCACAGCCCGACAGCUACGCCAUGGCCCCCAUGGCCAUGAACCAGUUUGAUUAUCAGCAUGGAGCGGCCUCGUCCUUUGCUCCGACACCCACGGGUUUCCACUCCCCAUACUGGCAGGGUCCUCCUCAGAACAGACGAGAUACCAGACCGCCUGGGUUUAGAGACCGGCCCAGAUCCCCUAUCCAGCUCCCUGUCAAACCUGAGGCCCCAGCACCACUAGAUGCUGUAAAAAGACGCACACUACCUGCAUGGAUCAGAGAAGGGCUUGAAAAGAUGGACAGGGAGAAGCAGAGGAAGCUGGAGCGGGAGAGGAUGGAGAAGGAGCGUGCAGAAAUGGCAGAUGAUGAUAAAGGACACGAGGCAGACGAGGAUGGCGAUGGGCCACGUCUGCCCCGCAAGAGUAAAUUUGACAGUGAUGAUGAGGGUAAUGAUGAUAAUGAUGAUGAAGAAAAGAUUUCGAUAAAGAAGGAAUUUUCUGUCCGGAGUCCUUCACCACCUGCAGAAGACAGUGAGCCUGAAAUGACUGAGGAAGAAAAGGAAUUCCAGCUGAUGAUGAUGACAAAAACACUCCUGACAGAAAUCCUUCUUGAGGUCACGAACGAAGAGAUCCUGCAUGUGGCUAGAGAGACUCACAGGAAAGCCACUCGAGCUCCUGCAAAACAGCUGGCACAGUCAAGUGCACUGGCUUCUCUGACCGGUCUCAGCGGGCUUGGUGACUAUGGUUCAGAUGAGAGCGAGGAUGAGGAUGGCCACAGCGUCCGAGGAUCCGAAUCCUCAGACACGGAUGAGGAAGAGUUACGCCACCGCAUCCGGGAGAAGCAGGACGCGUUCCGCCGCAAAGAGCGGGAGAUGCAGCUGCUGCAAGAGAAACAAGCUCAGGAGGCUGUGCUUGCACGCGAAGAGAUGGCAAAGGAGAGAUUAAGCAAAGAAAGGGGGGAAUAUGAUGAGAGUCAGUUAGAAUAUCCACACAAACAGGACAUAAAAGAGAGGGAGGCAGAGCCCUUAGUAGACAGGCGUAGGUCCCGCAGUGAGAGGGAGGGUAGUGAGGGAAAGCAUUCAAGCAGAGGGAAGGAGCGAUCAGGGAGAGGCAGCAGCGAUUCUCCAGCCAACGGUCACAGCAGUAGCUCCCGCUCCACCUCCAGCCACAGCAGCAGUCGAUCUUCCUCCUCCUCCUCAUCUUCUUCCUCAGCAUCUUCUCGUAGCUCCUCUCGAUCUUCCUCCCCACGAAGGAAAAGGAGGCGUAGCCGCUCCUUAUCUCACAAAACUCGGCGACGCAGCCGCAGUCACAGCUCACACAGGCAUCGUAGUGAUCGCAGUGAGAAGGGCAGGGACAGGAGGAGGAGCAGCGCAGAGCGAUCAGGCCGCCACAAGAAAGAUCGCAGUGAUUCCAGAGAGCGCAGGAGUCGCAGGAGUAGAUCUAGAUCCAGAGACAGGGGCAGAGCCAGGGCCAGAGGCAGUCGCAGCAGAGACAGGGAGAGGGAGAGGGAUAGAGAGAGGAAAAGGAGCCGGGAGCGCCGGGACAGCAGUCAUAGCCGCAGUAGCAAACAUAAGCAAAAGGCCUCUAGCAAAGACCGAGAGAGGAGGAGGGAAAGGAGUCGUAGCCACGAGAAAGAUAAGAAAAAAAAGGAUAAAGAUAGAGAGAAAGAGAUUGAUAAAAAGAAGGAAAAGCCAAAGGCCAAAGAGAAAGAAAAGGGGAGCUCUGUAGUUAGUGAAGAGAAUGGUAAAUCAAAGAAAAGGAAAGAGAGCGAUUCAUGCACAGACUCUCAGAAUGACAAGCACUCUCGACAGGAUAGCAAAGCCAGCAAGAAGGGCUCAGCCAAAGCUAGCAAGAGACACUCAGACUCGGACUCAAGUAGAUCUCCCUCCCCUGAAGUUAGCAAGGAAAAGAAAUAUAAAAAAUCCAAACGUAGUCGCUCAAGAUCGACGGAAAAAUCUCACAAGUCUGGUAAGAAGGCAAGCCGCAAACACAAGUCUAAGUCGCGAUCAAGGUCAGCGUCUCCCUCCCGCCGUAGCAGACACUGAGGAGCACAGUUAACACCCUGAUCUGUGCACUUUGCCAUUUUAAAUUCCAUGAGUUGAACAGGCUUGUCUCAUUAUAGAGGCAGUUGUGUAGGUGAAAAACCCCUCAUACAUUUCUUUUACUGUAAAUAUGUUCUUUUUAAAGUGUGCCUGGAGAACAAGUUUGAAUGGUAGGAGUUUCCAUUAUCAUGCACAGUUUAAUUACACACUAAAAAAAAAAAAAAACACACAAAUGAAGUUGUGUAUAUUUAAAAAAAAUUGACUUUUUUUCUCCAGUUAUUGUAAGACGUCUAAUAAACUGUUUCUUGUCUUGCCUCA